GGCCUGGAGACAGCCCAUGUCUGGAUCUCCAUCCCCUUCUGCACCAUGUACUCCAUAACCAUUUUGGGAAACUCCGUCAUCCUCUUCAUAGUGACGAGGGACCUGAGCCUCCAUGGGCCCAUGUACUAUUUCCUCAGCAUGCUGGCCUUCACUGACCUGGUCCUGUCCACAUCCACCCUGCCCAAAAUGCUGAGCAUCUUCUGGUUCAAUUCCAGGGAGAUCGAUUUCAAUGCCUGCCUCACCCAGAUGUAUUUCCUUCGCUGCUCCUCCAUGAUGGAGUCUGGGAUCUUCGUGGCCAUGGCAUUUGAUCGCUAUGUGGCCAUCUGCCAUCCCCUGAGACACUGCACCAUCCUGACAAACCAUGUGGUGGCCAAGAUUUGUCUGGCUGUGGUACUGCGUGGUGGUAUGCUGGUGCUGCCUUACCCAUUUCUGACAAGGCGCUGGCCAUACUGCAGAUCCAACAUCAUCCCCCACACAUACUGUGAGCACAUGGCUGUGGUGAAGCUGGCUUGCGCUGAUACCCGCAUCAGUAGCUACUACGGCCUCUUUGUGGCAUUUAUUGUGCCUGGUGUGGAUGUGUUUUUUAUCGCCAUCUCCUAUACCGAGAUCCUCAGGGCCAUCUUCUGCCUUCCCAAAAAGGAUGCCCGAAUCAAAACUUUUGGGACAUGCAUCUCCCAUCUCUGUGCCAUCUUAGCCUUUUACAUUCCAAUUAUUUUUUCCUCCCUCACGUACCGUUUUGGCCAAAAUAUUGCCCUAUGGGUCCAUGUUUUCAUUGCCAAUUUCUAUCUUCUAGUGCCCCCCAUGUUAAAUCCCAUCAUUUAUGGGGUGAGGACCAAACAGCUGCAGAAGAGUCUGUUUCAACUUGUUACUUGUAAAGGGACCUAA